AUGGGAAGAAAGCUGCGACACGUCCUGAUUUUCCUUCUCAUCAUCCUGAAGGAGCCCGACAACCAGAUAACUACCAUCCCUGCUGGUGCAUUUGAAAAUCUGCCCAAGCUAAAUAAAUUGCAACUAAGCAACAACCAGAUAAACACCACUGAUCCUGGUGCAUUUAAAAAUCUGCCCAUCCUAGAAUUGUUGUCCUUAGACAACAACCAGAUAACUACCAUCCUUGCUGGUGCAUUUGCAAAUCUGCCCAAUUUAAUGCAAUUGACACUACACAACAACCAGAUAACUACCAUCCUUGCUGGUGCAUUUGCAAAUCUUCCCAAUUUAAGACACUUGACACUAAACAAAAACCAGAUAACUACCAUCCCUUCUGGUGCAUUUGCAAAUCUGCCCAAUUUAAUACAAUUGACACUACACAACAACCAGAUAACUACCAUCCCUGCUGGUGCAUUUGCAAAUCUGCCCAAUUUAAGACACUUGACACUAAACAACAACCAGAUAACUACCACUGAUCCUGGUGCAUUUAAAAAUCUGCCCCCAUUAAAACGCUUUACAAUUUCGCGCAACAAGAUGUCGGCCAUUCCUCUGUCAAUCUUCUGCUUGUUCCCAUCUGAUAUCACCAUAGAACUUGACGGGAACCCCUGGCAGUGUGACUGUAGGAUGGCUCCGAUCAGUGUCAACACCUUCAGUUAG